AAAAUAUUUAAAAGUUUCGAAAAGAAAAUGGAAAUGGAAUUCCAGUUGCGUGAAAACGAAACGAUAGACGAUUUUUACAAUCGUUGCAACAAUUUGACUUAUUUCGACUGCAGUGAAGAGGAAAUGCUAUGGUGGAUGAUGGGGUCCCGGCGGUUGCCUCUGAACGAAAUAAUUCCCAUAAGUAUAGUGCUUGUGGUGAUAUUUUUGACUGGCGUGGUGGGGAAUAUUUGCGUCUGUGUGGUGAUUGUGAAGCAUCCAGGACUGCAUACGGCGACUAACUAUUAUCUGUUCAGUUUGGCGGUCAGCGAUCUGCUUCUACUGAUGUUCGGUCUGCCAAACGACUUGUCAGUCUACUGGCACCAGUAUCCUUACAGCCUGGGCAUCGUGUUCUGCAAGCUGCGCGCAUUUAUAUCUGAAGCAGCCACCUACGUGUCCGUGCUGACAAUCUCCGCGUUCUCCCUGGAGCGCUACCUGGCCAUAUGCCAGCCUCUGCACCUGUAUGCCAUGGCGGGACUAACGCGGGCCUCGAGAAUUAUCCUGGUUCUGUGGAUCAUCUCUGCGAUUUGCGCCACGCCCCUUGCGGUUUACACGGACAUUAGCUACAGGGAUUAUCCACCAAAUUCUGGCAACAUCUCGACGGAGUCCGCAUUCUGCGCCCUCAUGGCUCCUUCUCCACUCCUCGAGCUGAGCAGCAUCUUCUUCUUCUUCCUGCCUGGUGUGCUCAUCCUCUGCCUCUAUGUCAGGAUGGGCUUGCAUAUCAGAUCAACAAAGGUAUCAGAGAAGACAAAGAUGGGCCUGCUGAACGGACAAGUGCAUGGAGAGACGCGGCAGGCCAAGUCUCGUAAGGCCAUCAUCCGGAUGCUGGGAAUCUGA